GUGGAGAUUGAAUGGAACAUUGAGUGGAAACUGCAUCAAAACAGCAACACAGCUGUUCCCUCUGCCACUACAUUUCCCUUUUCUCGUUCAGAACCAAAGAAGAAACACACUCAACUUUCUGACAGUGUGCCAGUGGGAAAAUCAACACAUUGCAGGCGGCCAGUUCUGUGAGGAUGGAAGGCUGGUGCACAGCGGCAGCAAGCGAUCUGGAAAGCUCACAGGAUGUUCUGGCUCAUAGUGAGGGGAACUGAAUGUAAGGGUCGCGAGGUUAUGCUUCAGUUCUAGAGGAGAUUGGUGUUUCCACAUCUGCAGUACUGUACGGUGUUGCUCAACUAUCCUUAUAGAAGGAUGUUAAUGCGUUGGAAACAGUUUAGAGAAGGUAAAUGUGUGAGAGAGAAGGCAUCAAUGUAGCAGGCACCAGGCCACACUGAAUUGGGCUGAUGUCCUGCAAAACCACAUCAGGAAUGUUGCAGGUCUCUGUACCUCUGAUUCUCUUGAAUCUCGCUCUCUGUGGGAACACCCAAGCUGAACGAGUGGCUUUCUAUGUUGUCCCAGUUUCACCUUUGGAAGGAGAGACACUGGAACUGAAUUGUCAGCGCCAAUACUAUUAUUGGAGGACAAAGCAGGACUUUACCUUUUAUAGAAAUGGAAAGAAGAUCCAUUCAAUGAAGUCUACAACAGAUGAAUUUUCAUAUCGCAUUAAAGUAAAAAGCACCGAUGACAGUGGAUUGUACAGUUGCAAAAUUGAUGGGUCAGAAUCACAACAUGUUCACGUUCAAGUUCAAGAAUGCUUUGCCAAGCCCGUACUGAGGGUGGAGCCGGCGGCUGAAGUAUUUGAGGGGCUCCGGGUCACGCUGACGUGCAUUGCUCGGAGAGCACGGCGCUCCAUCUGGCUUCACUACACAUUUUACAGAGAUGGCAGCGCCCUGGAGACAGCGCCGGAUGCUGGCGGUGUGUACACGAUCAACGCAUGGGCUGCAAACGUUUCUGGGAAUUACGCCUGUGAAGCGAUCGAGACAAAUUCUGAUCUGAGGAAGAGGAGCGACAAUGUUCACAUUUCCGUGAAAGAGGCAUUCGCUGUCCCUAAGCUGACCGUGUAUCCUGAGGGACAGCUAGUUGAUGGUCAAUGGUUUAAGCUGAUGUGCUUGGUUGAAGAGAAUCUCUCCGAAGCUUCCUUGCGGUACGGCUUUUACAGAAAUGGGAUGCCUAUCCAGUCUCCGUCCGACCACAGCAAUUCCAUCUCUGAGCCAGCUCGUCCGGCCGACUUGGGUACUUACCAUUGCGAAGUUACGGGCAGUAAGGUGCGGAAACGCAGUAAUCAGCUCCAUUUGUCCAUCAGGCGAAUUCCAGUGUCAAAGCCAGAACUAGUAAUUCAAUCAGGAAAGGAGCUAAUCGAAGGAGAUAUGGCAUCCUUAAUCUGUUCAGUCUCCAAUGGCUCUCUGCCGAUUUAUUACCAAUUCUACAAGGGCUCAAGUGUGGAGCUGUACUGGGAGCUUUCCAACAGUACUAAGCUUGUUUACAACAUUGAAACCAUCAGCAGAAAAGACAAAGGGAUUUACCAUUGCUCGGUGAGAAAUGAGGUGACAGGCCCUUUGCACAGUGAAGACAUAGAGAUCACAGUGAUAGUUCCUGUCUCAGAUGCUGUGCUGAUACCCCGCACCAACGGGACUGAGAUACAGCCUGGGGACCGCCUUGUUCUCCGGUGCCUGGUGAGGGAAGGCACUGAGCCCCAGUUCAUUUGGUACCGAGACAACGUGCCGCUAAGGAACGGCAGUGCGAGCUCCCAUGUGACUGCCGAUGGUGGUGAGCUGGUUAUUCAUUCAUUCCGGAGAGACAGUGUCGGGAGGUAUCACUGUGCAGCGAUCAACACAGGAACCGACGGCACCAUUUUUAACGUGACCAGCGACUAUAUCGAAUUCACGCUGCGAGCUCGGAGUUAUUCCACGGAGAUCGCGGCCUCGCUCGUCCCAGUUCUGCUGUUCGCCGGCCUGAUCGCGUCGGCGUGGUUCAUCCACCGGAGGGGGCACACAGGACGCCAAGCCUGACCCCAAUGAUUCCUGUAUCACAUACGCCACACUGAAACUCAGCGAGCUCUCAGAGGAAGAAGAUGGAGCGGAUGGAAAUGUUUAUGAGAAUAUUCCACACAAGUAAGAAAGAAGAAGACAGAUGAGAGGCGGGUCAUUCGAUUUUUAUAGACUGUCUGGUGAAGAGGUACAAUGUAACUCCUGUGUACAGAUCGCAAACUUGUGAACUUUGCGAUGGAAACCAUGUUUCACACAUUGUUCUGCUCCACUCAUUGUGAAGCUAAUUUCAUGUUGUUGCAUCUGUUGGUCUGUUCUGGACAUUGCAGGCCGUUAGUUUUGUAAAUUCAAAACUAUUUCAGCAGCUGGUGGUCUUUAGAAAUUUAAUACCUGCCUCUCCUUCCCUCUCAUGUACAUGUCUGAGGAUUGAGCUUUUCAGUUGGUCCAUGUUUAAGGGGAGGAAGACAUCAUCUGCCACCUUGUGCGCAUGGAACAGGAAUCUCCCCUAUUCUGACCAACUUUGAACAGGAAUUGCCAGAAGGAUCUGACAGUUGGGAGAUAUAUAAAAGGAGAAACCAGCCAAUUUCAAUGUUUACAUUCCAGGGCGAAAGAGACCUGGGGCGUGGGGUUGGAAGGAGCAACUUCUGGCCCCACAGAAGGAACACACACUGAGCUGCAAGCCACUGAACAAACUGGAUAGAAAAGGCAUGGAUGAAACAGAGUCUAUACGGAAAAGACGAGAUCUCCCAAAGAACCAAAACCCCUGCUGGACACUUCAACUCGGCUUUCUGAGAUUCCAAAACCCAUUGUGGGAACGGGAACAUAGGGGGUUUCUCUCCGCUGCAGGUAUUUUGGAAACGCCACAUUGUCAGGAUGGGGGAUCACACACCUCCAGAGUGGCAGGCUUGACCUUUGAAUGGGGAAGCGAUGGCCUCAUGGGAUUAUCGCGGAACUGUUAAUCCAGAUGUUCCAGUGAUGUACUGGGGACCCGGGUUCAAAUCCUGCAACACAGAUUGUGGAAUUUAAAUUCAUCAAAAUCCUGAAUCUGAGAGUCUGAUGGUGACUGUGAAUCAAUUGUUGGAAAACCCCAUCUGGUUCACUCACGUGGUUCAGGGAAGGAAACUGCUAUCCUUACCUGGCCUGGCCUUCAUGUGACUCCAGACCCACAGCAAAGUGGUUGACUUUUAUCAGCCCCCUGGACAGCUAAGGAUGGGCAACAAAUGUUGGCCUGGCCAGCAAUGCCCUCAUCCCAUGAAUUAAAAAAUGUCGGCUUUUUAGUCCCGACAUACAGACACUCUCGCUGCAGCACAAAAGGGUUUGGGUUGAUGUAAGUACAGGCUUGGUAGAAGAUGUUAAGAUUUUAACAUCGACGCCGUCUGGAUCUGACAAUUGCUGGCCACCAAGAAAGGAGCAGCGCAGGUCCGACUGCAAACUGGUGAGCACCAUCAGGGACAACACCAGCGUGAGGGCCAAAUGUUCUGGUCAAUAGGUACCAGGUACCUUUGAAUGGAACAGCAGGACUGUGCUGAUGAAUUGUUCACAUUCGAGCCAGUAAGGAUGGUGACUGGCUUAUUGCUGUUUUUUAAUCACGAUGACCCCUCGUUCAGGCGAAGGAUGUGGGGCAUUGCUGGUAAAGACAGCAUUUGUGCCCCUCAUCAUAGAGUCAUAGGGGCUAUUUCUGUGCUCUGUGACUCUUCGGCCUAACUCGUCCAUGCCAACCUGGUUUCCUAAACUGACCCAGCCCUGUUUACCUGUGUUUGAACCAUAUCCCUUCCAACCUUUCCUAUCCAUGUAUCUGCCAAAAUUUCUUAAAAAUAUUUAUAAUUUUACCCACCUCCGCCACUUCCCCUGACAGCUCAUUCCAUAUCCCCACCACUAUCUGUGCGAAAGAUUUGCCCCUCAGGCCCCUUCUAAAUCUUUCCCUUCUCACCUUAAACCUAUGCCCUCUACUUUUGGACUCUCCAACCCUGGGGUUAAAGACCUUGGCUUUCACCUUAUCUAUGUCCCUCAUGAUUUUUAAAACCUUCAAAGGGUCACCCCUCAGCCUCUGAUGCUCUGGAAUAAAAAACAGCCUAUCCUUAUAGCCCAAACUCUCCAUUCCUGACAACAUGGUUAUGUUCAUAUUUUUCACCCUUUCCAGUUGAAUAACAUCCUUCCUGUAGCAACAUGACCAGAACUGUACACAAUGCGACAAGAAUAUCCUUUUCAAUGCCUUGUACAGCCACAACAUGAUGUUCCAACUCCUGUCCUCCGUGCUGCUUUCCCGAUCCAUCACCAUUUCGAUAAUAAUCUGCAUUCCUGUUUUCUUAUUUCUCCCAAAGUGGUAGCCUCACAUCAAUCCACAUCAAACUGCAUCAGCCGUGCAUUUGCCCACUCACUCAACUUAACCCAAUAGCAUGGAAGCAUCUCUGCAUCCUCCUUCACAACUCCCCCUCCCUCUGAACCCUGUGUUGAGAUGGAAAACUAAAUGAAAACACAAUGGGCCCAGUAUUUAUGAAGCAAUGGAAAGUAUUGUUCAUGGAUGGUGUACAUUGGGACGGGUUUAAUCUAUCGCUGUGUUAUUGUAAAUGUAAUUUCUUGAUGAUAUUUGCUUUUGUACACAACAAUUCUGCCUUUGGUGAUGAAUAAAAUUGUAACACACAACAAA